UCAGCUGCUGCUGCUCCUGAACGCCACACGGAGACCAGAAAAAGUUGGGAGGGGCGGAAAAACUCGGUUUUCAGCGUCCAGAUUUCCCAGUGUGCCGUUCAGCAGUCAGUGGGACUGUUAUGCCCUGGGCCCGACCUCCAGUUGACCUUCAUGCUGGUGCAGCGGAGGCCAUGGACCAGUACAACACAGACGACCACCACUACGAGGGCUCCCUGUUCCCCACCUCCACCCUCAUCCCUGUUACGGUCAUCUGCAUCCUCGUCUUCAUCAUCGGAGUGACCGGCAACACCAUGACCAUCCUCAUCAUCCAGCACUUCAAGGACAUGAAGACCACCACCAACCUGUACCUGUCCAGCAUGGCGGUGUCUGACCUUAUCAUCUUCCUCUGCCUGCCCUUUGACCUCUACCGGCUGUGGAAAUACGUGCCGUGGGUUUUCGGGGAGGCGGUGUGUCGCUUCUAUCACUACAUCUUUGAGGGCUGCACCUCGGCCACCAUCCUCCACAUCACCGCGCUGAGCAUUGAGCGCUACCUGGCCAUCAGCUUCCCGCUGCGGAGCAAAGUCAUGGUGACCCGGCGCCGGGUCCACUACAUCAUCCUCGCCCUGUGGGGCUUCGCUCUGGUCUCCGCAGCCCCCACGCUCUUCCUGGUGGGGGUGGAGUACGAUAACGACACACACCCUGACUACGACAAGGGUCAGUGUAAGCACACCAGCUAUGCCAUCAGCUCUGGCCAGCUGCACAUCAUGCUGUGGGUGUCCACCACCUACUUCUUCUGCCCGAUGCUCUGCCUCGUCUUCCUCUACGGCUCCAUCGGCUGCAAGCUGUGGAAGAGCAAAAGCGACAUGCAGGGGCCCUGCACUCUGGCCCGGGAGAGGUCCCACAGACAAACAGUCAAGAUCCUGGUGGUGGUGGUGCUGGCCUUCAUCAUCUGCUGGCUGCCUUACCACAUCGGGAGAAACCUCUUUGCCCAGGUGGACGACUACGAGACGGCCAUGCUCAGCCAGAACUUCAACAUGGCCUCCAUGGUGCUCUGCUACCUCAGCGCCUCCAUCAACCCGGUCGUCUACAACCUCAUGUCCCGGAAGUACCGGGCUGCAGCCAAGCGCCUCUUCCUGCUGCACCAGCGGCCCCGGCAGGCCGGCCGCGGUCAGAGGCAGCUCUGUAUGAUCGGUCACAUCUCCACCCGGAAUGAAACCCUCACCGGGGUCUGAGCUCCUCUACGGUUCAGGGUUUAAGAUCAAAAGAGGAUUCUCAGUGAGGAUGUGCAGAAAACAGGAUGAGAG